GCAAGCUUGUAAAUUGACUAAAAUGGCGCUGGAUGACUCGAGCGAAGUAUCAAAGGUCAUUAAUUCAAUGUAGAUAAGUAAUUUUUUAUAUCAGAGCAAGAACAUUGUUUCUAAUCCAUCUACCUUGCAUUUCCGUCGCCUUUCACUUAUGAAUUUGUGACGCAGUUUUUGUUUAACAUUCUACUACAUUCUGAUGGAAGAAAUGAAUGCCCACUAUGGAGGUGGUAGAACUAUUCAAUAAAUGUAAUGAAAGUCUAGGUUCUUAUUUAUUUUCAAGAUGGAUUGGCCAGUUAAUUGCAGAAUACCAAAUAUCAAAAACUCUGUUUAUACUCAUAAUAUCGACUCUUGUGAUUUUAUUGACUGCAUCUAUAAUUAUUCUUCGAAAAUGGAAAAACAAAGAAUUCCUCCCAGAAGUGAAAGAAUUUGUUGGGGUAGGUACAGGCAAGCCCAGAUUCAGAAAAAGAGACAAGGUACUCUUUUAUGGAAGAAAAAUGUUGCGCAAAGUGAAAUCCAUCAGUGGACAAGUACAUGCAACUGGACAAGGAAAGAAAAGAAAGGCUGUUAUGAGAUUUGCACGAAGACUUUUGCAACUUAAAAAAGAGACAGCGCCACAACAACUAAAAGUUUUAGAACCACCUGCUGAAUAUUUAGAAGAAGAUUUAGGUCCUGGAGAGAAAGUACCACCCGAUGCUUUAUAUAUGUUACAAAGUAUCAGAGUAUUUGGUCAUUUUGAGAAACCAGUAUUUCUUAAAUUAUGCAAGCAUACAGAAAUUAUGAAUUUACCAGCUGGGAGCACUUUAUUUAAAAUUGGAGAUCCAGAUGAAAAUUUAUUUAUCGUACAGCAAGGCUUAGUUAAUGUUUAUAUCACAGGACCUGAUGGUUCUCAAAUAUCGCUAAAGCUAGUAAAAACUGGAGAAUCAGUAACUAGUCUUCUUAGCUUCACGGAUGUACUUACUGGGCAUACAAGUACCUAUAAAACAGUAUCAGCCAGAACUGUGGAGGAUUCUAUUGUAGUCAAGUUACCAAUGAGUGCAUUUCAAGAGGUUUUUCAAGAUCAUCCUGAUGCAUUUGUUCGAGUUAUCCAGGUCAUUAUGGUCCGUCUUCAAAGAGUCACUUUCACUGCUUUACAUCAAUAUCUUGGAUUAUCUGCAGAAUUAGUUAAUCAAGGACCACACAAAAAGAAACAAAGCCCAUUUUCAGGAUCUCCAGUUAGAUCAAGAACUAAAGAAACAUUUUCUACCCAAAAUACAGAAAAUCAAUCCAAUACAACUGCAACUGUCUCAUCAGAAAAUGAUAGAAAUGAAGUGUUUCAUCGCGACAUUUCUACAAGUAGUCAUCAAAGUGUACCUAUAGUUAUAGGUCGACGGCCAAAAACUAAUCUUGAUUGGAAAAAUCAAAAUUUAAGUCCACAAUCAGGUCAGAAUCCAGCAGAUAUGGUACCAGAAUGUGAUUCUCAUUGGCCAAAUUCUUCGCCUAUAACAUCACAACAAGUAUCACAACCAGAUGUAAUACACACGGGAAAUUCACAUCCAAGCAAAAAGAGGUCUACUACUACUGAACCAAUACAACAACAACUCGAUGAAGCGCAGCUUGUGCAAAUGGCUACAGAAGCAUUUGUUCGGGAACUUGGCUUAGAAGAUGAUUCAAUACUCAAAGAUGGUAAAGUUCAAAUCAGAGAAGUACCAGCUGGAACAUACUUAAUGAAGGAAGAAUCUCAUAAGGAUGUUGCGCUUGUUUAUGUUGUAUCUGGUUCGUUAAUAAUCAGUCAACGCGUUUCAGAAGGUAGAGAUGUAGGUCAAGAAGUUCAUAUGUUUAGCGCUCAUCAAGGCGAGAUUGUUGGUGGUCUAGCUGUAUUGACUGGAGAACCUUCUUUUUAUACCAUUAGAGCAAAGCAUUCUAGUCGCAUAGCACUUCUUAGUAAACCAACAUUUUUCGCUAUUAUGCGAGAACAGCCAACUGUUGUGUUACAUGUUGCUCAUUCAGUUGUUCGAAGACUUAGUCCCUUCGUAAGACAGGUUGAUUUUGCACUUGAUUGGCUAUUUCUUGAAAGUGGAAGAGCAGUGUAUCGACAAGGAGAUGAAUCAGAUUCAACAUUUAUUGUGUUAAGUGGUCGACUUCGGUCGGUAAUCACAUAUAUGAAUGGGAAAAAAGAACUUGUUGCAGAAUAUGGAAAAGGCGAUCUUGUUGGUAUUGUAGAAAUGGUUACACAAACACCACGAUCAACAACAGUAAUGGCAGUACGAGAUUCCGAAUUAGCGAAACUUCCGGAGGGACUAUUUAAUGUUAUAAAACUUCGUUAUCCAAUAGUAGUUACAAGACUUAUAAAUUUACUUGGACAUCGUAUACUUGGCACCUGGCAACAAGCGCACACAAAGAAUGGCAGUAGUGAUACACAACGGGCCGCUGCAACAGUUGAUGCAAGACCAGCUCAAGUAAAUUUCUCAACUGUUGCAAUAGUCCCGGUAUCCGACGAUGUCCCAUUAACAGCAUUUACGUAUGAACUUUAUCACUCGUUAUGUGCAAUUGGGCCAUGUUUACGCCUUACUUCUGAUGUGGUUCGAAAAACGUUAGGUAGCACUAUAAUGGAACCUGCAAAUGAAUACCGUUUAACAUCAUGGCUUGCGCAGCAAGAGGAUCAACACCGAAUUUCAUUAUACCAAUGUGAUCCAACGCACACGUUGUGGACCCAACGAUGUGUUCGACAAGCCGACUGUAUUCUUAUUGUAGGUUUAGGAGAUAAACCUCCAUCCAUAGGCAGAACUGAACGUGAAGUCGAACGUUUAGUAAUGAGAACGCAAAAAGAAUUAGUACUUUUGCAUAAAGAACAAAGUGGACAACGACCCACCAAUACAGUGCAGUGGUUGAAUAUGAGAUCUUGGGUUUCUAGUCAUCAUCACAUUCAAUGUCCUAAACGGAUGUUUACAAGAAGAUCUCAGUAUAGAAUUAAUGAGCUGUAUUCCAAAGUUCUGAUGUCCGAGCCAAACAUACAUAGUGACUUCAGUAGGCUUGCUCGCUGGUUAACUGGAACUUCCGUUGGGCUUGUACUUGGAGGUGGAGGUGCUAGAGGUGCAGCCCAUGUAGGGAUGCUUAAAGCAGUUAUCGAAGCCGGUAUACCUAUAGACAUGGUUGGUGGAGUUAGUAUUGGAGCGUUUAUGGGUGCUUUAUGGUGUAUGGAAAAAAAUAUAACAACAACAACCCAGAAAGCUCGUGAAUGGUCUAAAAAAAUGACACAAUGGUGGAGACAAAUAAUGGAUUUAACAUAUCCAGUAACAUCCAUGUUUUCUGGAAAAGACUUCAAUAGCACAAUUCAAACAACAUUUGGUGAUACGUACAUAGAAGAUUUAUGGUUACCAUAUUUCACAAUAACCACAGACAUCACUGAUUCUUGUAUGCGCACUCAUACACACGGUUUGCUAUGGAGAUACAUUCGAGCCAGUAUGACCAUUGCGGGGGUCUUUCCUCCUAUUUGCGACCCUCUUGACGGGCAUCUUUUGGUCGAUGGGUGUUAUGUUAAUAACGUGCCAGCUGACGAAAUGUUGAGGCAAGGAGCACAUCAUAUUUUGGCCAUUGACGUUGGAUCACAAGAUGAUACGGAUUUAACAAAUUAUGGAGAUUCUUUAUCCGGUUGGUGGUUAUUGUGGAAACGAUGGAAUCCUUUCGCAACGCCUGUCAAAGUUCCGAAUUUACCCGACAUACAAUCGAGAUUAGCAUACGUGAGUUGUGUACGGCAACUGGAGGAAGUUAAAAACUCAGAUUAUUGCGAAUAUAUUAGGCCACCAAUAGAUAAAUAUAAAACUCUUCAAUUCGCUAAUUUUGAUGAGAUUAAAGAUGUCGGAUAUCAACACGGAAAAACCUAUUUUGAAAUACAAUUGAAAGCUGGGGUUUUACCACGUUUUAAUGCAGAUAGGGAAAAUGCCCGUGCAUUGCGAGCCAAACACCAAGCGGCAAACCAGCAAACAGUAUCUUCGUAUACCUUCACAGACUUAGCUCAAAUGGUGUGUAAAGUCUCCAGAGGAAGUAUAUAUGUAGAUUUGGAAAUUGAUUCUGAUACCGAUGAAUUAGAGGAAUAUGAGGCAGAUCUAGAAGAAGAUGCACAAGAAGUAGGAUAUGCCUCUGAACCCACUGCUGGUAUUCUAGAUCAGAGUCCUGACGAAAAUCGUCUGCGACGAAGAACUGGCGUUUCCUUAAGUUUGUCUGACACGGAAGCAGAAUCAGAAUUAGAUUAUCAUACCAAAAUAUUUUAAGCAUUUUCUCUAGUUCUUAUUUUAACAUCAUGUAUUUUCUGUGUCGUUCACUCCAUAAACAUAUGUAACACUAACUUGUUAUAUGUACAAAUAACUUUACAAUUACUUAUAGUUUUGUGAAAAAUAUAUUUAUACUGAAGUACAAAAGAAUUGUUAAGAAAAAAUAUCAAUAAGUAUUUUACGAUUAUCAUCAGAAUAACAAUGCAAUAUCUCAUUACUGUGUUAUUAUGGAUUGAUACAGUUGUUAAUAUAGUUAUUAAAUAAUAAUAAUUCUAUUGUUUAUAUAAAAAGAA